UGCCGCAAACGCAUCAUAAAAACAAUCCCAUGCCCGCACAGUGCAUUAAAGGCACUUCUCGAUCGGAGAUACCGAUCCUGUUCCGGAAUGUGACGGAAAAAGCCGAGGACUGCCUCUCAGAGAAACGGACAAACAGAGGUUCAGAUGGAGGAAACCUGCGAGUCCUCAGCUGACUCUGCGGCCGCUUCGCAACUGUUUCCUGUCGCAGGCAGAGAGAGGAGGUUUUCACCCCCGUUUUCAGCUUCUGUCUUUUCUCAUCAUCCGACGAUUCGUGUUUUACAGUUUGGUCCAUUUCAGACGGAAAAGUCCAAAACUUAUCAGCGCAUCAUGGGGUGAAUCUGAACCUGAGGAGGAUGCUGAUCCGGUGAUGAGAGAGUGUCGUGACCAAACUCACAUAUAACCACCAUGGUGAAGGAGAGUCUGCCCAGCUGGGUCCACCAGGACUCUGACGAGGGCCUCGUCCACGUGAACGUCGGAGGUCUGAAGAGGAGUCUCUGCUCCAGCACGCUGAAGAAAUUCCCAGACACCAGACUGGGAAAACUGCUGGCAUGUGACUCCGAGGAGGAUAUACUGCAGGUGUGCGAUGACUAUGACGUGCAGCAGAAGGAGUUUUAUUUUGAUAGGAAUCCCGGCCUCUUCCCAUACGUCCUCCACUUCUACCAGACGGGCAAACUCCACAUCAUGGAGGAGCUGUGUGUCUUCUCCUUCAGUCAGGAGAUAGAGUACUGGGGUAUCAAUGAGUUCUUCCUGGACAGUUGCUGCAGUUACCGUUACCACGACCGGAAGCUGGAGAGCAGCCGGCAUCGCAGCUGGGACGACGAGAGCGACGUCAGCAGCAUCGACACGUCUGUGGACGAGAUAUCUGACUUAAACAGAGACAUGCAGCAUUUCCAGGAGGUGCGUUACGGGAACAUCAGGAAGUGUCUGUGGCUGACGCUGGAGAACCCAGGAUACUCCAUCCCCAGCAAGCUCUUCAGCCUGCUCUCCAUCGGAGUGGUGCUCACAUCCAUCGCCACCAUGUGUAUCAACAGCAUCCCAGAGUAUCAGACGUUCGACUCUGACGGGAAGCUGAUCGAGGACCCGACCAUGCAGGCUUUGGAGGUGUUCUGCAGCUGCUGGUUCACCUUCGAGGUGGUGACACGACUGCUGCUCGCGCCGAACAGGAGGAAGUUCUUUCAUCACCCGCUGAACAUUAUUGACAUGGUGUCUGUGGUUCCCAUCUACGUCACCCUGAUCUUUGACAUGGCUGUGGGAUCUGAGUCUGAACUGGGAGACCUGGGACGACUCAUACAGGUGUUCAGGCUGAUGAGGAUCUUCAGAGUUUUGAAGCUGGCCCGACACUCGACAGGACUGCGUUCACUGGGAGCGACGCUUCGGCACAGUUACCGUGAGGUCGGCAUCCUGCUGCUGUACCUGGCUGUCGGAGUGUCCGUCUUCUCUGGCAUCGCUUACACUGCUGAAUAUGAAGAGGACGUGGGUCUGGACACCAUCCCAGCCUGCUGGUGGUGGGGGACGGUGAGCAUGACCACGGUCGGUUACGGCGACGUGGUGCCCGUCACUGUGGCCGGGAAGCUGGCCGCCAGCGGCUGCAUCUUGGGCGGCACCCUGGUGGUGGCGCUGCCCAUCACCAUCAUCUUCAAUAAGUUCUCGCACUUCUACCGGCGACAGAAAGCUCUGGAGGCGUCGGUGAGGAACAACAACCGCAGGAAGGUGAGGAUGAGCUGCGAGAACGAGCCGGAGGAGGACGAGGAAGAGGAGGAGGAGGAGGGAUCAGACGGGGACAGCCGGUGUCUGGACGAUGAUGAUAUCGAUGAUAUCGAGGAGGACGAUAUAGAUUACGAGGAUGAAGGAGGUGUGAUAAAUUAUAGCUACGUGGAGCAUCCGUCCUACUCGUCGAUACUGAGGAAGAAGGAGCUGCAUCAGCUGUGAGGAGUCUAAUAAACUGAGACACAACCAAUUCAAACCAAUGUGAAGUCUGAUGUUUGCAGUUGUAUGUAUAUAUACAUACAUGCUGAUUGCAUGUAUAUAUACAUACAACAACAUAAACCGUGUUCAUAUUUGAUCAUGAAUGUGACUGAAACUGAUCCAUGAGCUGUCAAACAGGAUUCAUGUGAGAUCUUCUCUCUGACCAAUCACUGUCAUUAAACUCUGCAUCGAUUCAAACAUGGAGGACAAUAAAUCAAGUGGCUGUAAUGUGAUUAGAGUUUGAGCAGAUACUUGUAAAGAAAUUAAAGUUAGAAAGAGCAAACUGUAACUGACAGGUCGGACUGUAACUACGUCUUCCAUGCUGGACUCUGUACUGAAGUUUGUUUGCAUUCAUUCGUGCAUGUGGGCUGUUUCAGGUGGAGGUCUGCUUGUCGUGGACGUGUUUCUCUGUUAAAAACAUGGAUGUGAAGAAUUACAGAAUAUAUUUAAGUAAAAACAAAAGGUCAAAUGUAUUUAACUGUCAGAGGAAGUGAUGAACUGCAGCAAACUGAACUAAAUACAAGCCUGAAGUGAAGUGAAAUAGCAUGCACGCAGAUGAAAUUAACUGAAUAAAAAGAUAAAAGAUAACAAACUGUGAGAAAGUAUUUUUGUUAAAACGUUAAGAGAAGAUAUUUCACUCAGAUCCACAGAGGUGAACCUCGUGGAUUCGUCUGGGAUCCAAGACAAACUUCAGUCACUCUGAAAACCAUCAGUGAAUUUACUGUUCUCACCUGCAGAGGUAAAGUUUAGGU